CGGCGCAGGGGCGGGCGAGCCCACGGCGCGGCCCCCCCCACGCCCCCCGCCCCCCAGCGACUGCGGAGAAUGAGCGCCUCUGGCCGCCGAGAGCAGCCGGAGAAUAAACCCCGAUGAUCUCGGGCUGAUCCCGCACCCACGACCAUGUCGGUGGCCUUCGCGUCCGCCCGGCCGAGAGGCAAAGGGGAGGUCACGCAGCAAACCAUCCAGAAGAUGCUGGACGAGAACCACCACCUGAUCCAGUGCAUCCUGGACUAUCAGAGCAAGGGCAAGACGGCCGAGUGCACCCAGUACCAGCAGAUCCUGCACCGGAACCUGGUCUACCUGGCCACGAUCGCGGAUUCUAACCAGAACAUGCAGUCCCUGCUGCCCGCCCCGCCGACCCAGAGCCUGGCGCUGGGCCCCGGAGGGCUGUCCCAGAGCGGCUCGGGCCAGGGCCUGCACCCGCAGGGCAGCCUCAGCGACGCCAUCGGCGCGGGCCUGCCACCACCCUCCCUCGUGCAGGCCCAGAUCGGCAACGGUCCGAACCACGUGACCCUGCAGCAGACGGCGCAGAGCACGCUGCCCACCACCUCCAUGAGCAUGUCCGGCAGCGGCCACGGCUCGGGGCCCGGCUACAGCCACUCGGGACCGGCCUCGCAGAGCAUCCCCCUGCAGGGCCAGGGCGCCAUCAGCAGCUACGUGUCCCGGGCCAACAUCAACAUGCAGUCCAACCCAGUGUCCAUGAUGCACCAGCAGGCAGCCUCGUCCCACUUCAGCGCGGCACAGGGCGGGAGCCAGCACUACCAGGGCCAGUCCAUGGCCGUGAUGGGCCAGAGCGGCCAGGCGGGCAGCAUGAUGGGGCAGCGGCCCAUGGCGCCCUACCGGCCCUCCCAGCAAGGCUCGUCCCAGCAGUACCUGGGCCAGGAGGAGUACUACGGCGGCGAGCAGUACGGCCACGGCCAGGCCGCCUCGGAGCCCAUGAGCCAGCAGUACUACCCUGACGGUGAGGCUGCAGUGGCUUCCAUCCGCUGCUCGCCGGUCGUUCUCAGUUCAGACCCCAGAGCCCCUGACAUCCGCCAGCAGAGCACCCAGAGUCCCCUUUGGGGGUGGAUGGCUGGUCUCUGCUGA